AUGGCUGCCAAACAUGGGCGGCCUUGCACCCCGGACCGGGCCUCCCGCUCCUCCUUCUCCUCCAUCCGCGAGAACGACAGCACCCUCACCCAGACAUUCACCAACUCCAGGGUCUCGUCGUAUCUGGAAGGCGACGAAGCCAUUGAAGACCCUGCCCCCCUUGUCAACCACGACGCGGCCCACCCGGUCAAGAUGCUGCAGACCCAGUUUCGGCCUCCCGUCACGCACCCCGACAGCAAGCUCCUGGGUUACUGGUCCCCCGCCGACAACUUCAGGGGCUGGAAGCAGAUCCAGGUCAGGGGUAAACUCGCCAGCAAGAGCUUCGGCGAUCUCCAAGUCUUGCACAAUGCCUGGAGCACCCCGCCCAAGCCCGUUAGGCACGGUCGGUACAGAGCCGGAGAAUCCGCUCUCGAGAGGCUGCCCGCUGAGGUCCUCAGUGUCAUCAUCAACCUCUUGGCCCAGGACGUGCCCCCGAACGGCAUCUCGAGACGAAACAUCGACCUCAUGUCGCUUCUGCUAACGUCGAGGACGCUGCAUGUUGCGACACUGACCACGCUGUACAGCCGCGUCACGAUCCCCCACUCGAGGAUCUUCCACAAGUUCCUAGUGCACGUCGCCGGACACCCGACGCUCGGCACCAUCGUACGGCGGCUGGACUUCUGCCACUUCAACCCGUCGCAGCUCUUCUCGACAGCGGCCGAGAGAUCGCAGGCGCGUAACUUGACGUCGGAGACUCUCCUUCACUGCCUAGAGCUCACGCCCAACCUCCAAGAGUUCCUUGCGCAGGAGUACCUGGACGAGGACUUGAAUGCGCCGGUACUUCAGAAGCUGUUUUUGGGCUUGCCCAGGCUUCGGGCCGUCGACUUCUGCGGUUGCACUUCAACCAAGUUCAAGGAAGCCUUUUCAACGAUAGUGUCGCCGGACUGGCCCGCCGAACUCUCGGUCCGCCGGUUGUCGCUACAUAAGUGCAUGACCUUGCCGACCUCCAUCUUCGAGGCGAUCCUGCCGCGCCUGCCGCGGCUCACGCAUCUCGAUGUGGCCGGCACCCGCAUAACGGACGCGGCGCUAGCCUCGAUUCCGCACACGGCAAGAAUCACGCACCUCAACCUUGCUAAGUGCACUUUGCUCUCGGCUCGGAACGUCAUUGGCUUCCUGGCGACGCACCCCGCCGUCCAGGAGCUCCAGUUUCUGAGCUUGUCGGUGGAUGCCAGGAGCCACCAGCUCUUUGACGCCGAUGAGAUGUCGGAGCUGCUCCCCGUACUCCCCAAGACGCUCAGGUCGCUCAGCCUCAAGGGCAGUAAGAUGAACGCGUCUCACAUCGACCUCCUGCGGCCACUCACCAAGCACCUUGACGAGCUGGCCAUUGGACGUGGCCUUGAGGUUUCGGAUGUCAACCGGCUCUUCUACCCGGAUGAAGAAGACGACGUCAUGGCGCAGCUGGAUUGGGUCCCGCAUACGCUCCGGUACAUUGACCUCUCAGACAUGUGGAACGGCGAGCUCGACCUGCCGUACCUGUUCGGAAGCGAAUGCGUCAUGCUCAGACCGCUCUCGGAGCCCCUCGAGGUGAUUGAGGUGGCCGAGGACGUGUUCCGCCGAGUGAGCAAAUCGGGAGCGGCCAUGCAGCGCGCCGGCUGGCGGGUGUCCGAGUGCGGCAGCCGCGGGUGGAUGGUCAGGCAGCAGACUGGCCAGGCCGCGGGCAACGGCGACGGCAGGGAUGCCUGGAAGAUGGGUGCGGAUUCGUGGGGGAUGAGAAAGAUACCCGUCGCUAAGGCUGAGGUUGGAGGCAUGUAUGGCUCCUUCAUGUUUGGGAGGAAGCUCUGA